UCCGAGCAAAACGAUAGAGCCUAGAAGAGAUGGCGGAGACCGAGAGGGAAAUCAGACCAGUCCAAGUUCGGAGUCUUGCCGGUGAAUCGACAACUAUCUCAAUUUCCCCGAUAAGUACUAUCGAAGAACUAAAACUCAAGUUGAAGGAAUCGUUCCUUCCAGCCAAGAACUCUCCAAAUUUUCAUCUCUUUUUCAAGGGCACUAAGUUGAGCUUGGGGAGUCAGAUUGGCAGUCACUCUUUUGGGCAUGACGAUUUCUUCGUUCUCGUUCCUUUUACCAAGAAGGAACGGCCUCCGACGCAUCAUCAACUCUCCAGCAAGCCUACAGCUUCAUCGCAAGGUCCCAACCAAAAGUCUGCAUCGUCGUUUUCUGAUUUGGCAUGGUCUAACAUGAUGAGCGAUUUAUCGUAUUUAUCUGGUAUCUCAAGAGACGGAGUUCAAUCUGAUCCAAAUGCUCAAGGAAGGGAUAAUGUGAUGAAGGAAAGUUUCUUUAAACACUCUUCGAGCAUCCUAAGGAGGAAACGGUCUAAUUACGAUGAACAGGAAAGACUACUAGAUGACCUUGUUCAGAGUACCCAAGGCUCAGCUAGCAAGAAGGUUCUUGAUGAAAAGAACAGUAAAAAGUUUAUUCAGUUUUUGGAGUUAGUGGAUUGUUUGUCUGAUCCGCAGUCAGGGAGUUGCUUCUUGAAAGUUUCUUUAGCAGAUAAUGACGCAAUUCCGUGCAAUGAGAAGAAAAAGUCGUGCCUGUGUCCUUCAUGGUUGAAGAGGGUACUGAAGGGCUUUGCUUUCAUAAACACCUUUUAUGUGGUAUUCCAAAUGCAGCAGGAGAGAAUCACUUUGGAUCAUUUAGAUGGAGCAUUGAAGCAGCUUAGGAAAUUUGGAUUCGAUAUUGAUAUUGCGGACCUGAAGCAUCUUUCAGUUCUUUGUCCAGACGUAGUGAAGUUUGGUGACCAACAGACUGCUGCUGCCAAUGUGGGUGAUUCCAUUGUUAUUUUUGAUUCUUUGAGUGAGCUGGUAAUUGAAGCCGACAAUCGUAGGACUGCUGUUUGUUGGUUCCAAAUUGAUGGUCUGCAGUUAGAAAAAAGGUCCUAACCUCAACGGUCCUAAACAAGAAGAAGAAACGGGAGAGUGCCUUCA